GUCCGGGCAAGAUGGAGGGAGGCAUUGCGGCGCUGGCGGCAGCGGCGGCGAUGCUGCGCUGAUGCCCAGACCGGCGGUGACGACCAUGCCGACUCCUCUUCUUCUCCUGCUGCUGCUGCUGCUGGUGAUGAUGAUGAUGAUGGUGUCAUCAUGGAGGAGCUCGACUCUGCUGCUGCCGCCGCUGCCGCUGCUCUAGGCGGACAAACAUGCCGAAGAGAGGCAACGGAGGGCUGCCUCUCCCCAGCGGGUGGGAGGAAGCGAGGGACUUUGACGGCAAAGUGUUCUACAUUGACCACAACACCAAGCAGACGAGCUGGAUCGACCCCCGCGACAGGCUGACCAAGCCGCUGUCGUUUGCCGACUGCAUCGGGGAUGAGCUGCCGUACGGCUGGGAGCAGGCCUACGAUCCCCAAGUUGGCGUCUACUAUGUCGACCACAUCAACAAGGUGACGCAGAUUGAAGACCCGCGGGCACAGUGGCGGGGCGAGCAGGAGGUGAUGCUCAAGGAGUACCUGGUGGUGGCCAAGGAUGCGCUGGACGCACGCUGGGAGAUGUUCCAAGUCAAGCAGCAGCGGCUGGCGCUGGCGCAGGAAGAGUACCAGCACCUGAGCUCCGUGUGGCAGGACAAGAGUGGCUCGCGCACCAGCUUGCAUUCUGGGUCCUCGGCAAGUACCAAAUACGACCCAGAUCUCCUGAAAGCUGAAAUCGCCGAAACAAAGGAGAGGGUGUCGAGGCUCAAGCGGGAGCUGGAGAACAUGACGCAGGAGCUCAACUACAAGGAGAAGGGCAUCGAGACCCUGCGAGAGAUCGACCGCAAGAUGGCCGAGAGCCAGGGCGGCUACAAGCUGGACGAGGCGCAGGCCAUCCUGAGCGAGCUCAAGUCGAUCCGGAAGGCCAUCAGCUCCGGCGAGAAAGAGAAACACGACCUCAUGCAGAGCCUCGCCAAGCUGAAGGACGGCUUCAAGCGGGAGGACGCGCGCGCCCAGCUGCGGGGCAGUCGCGGCUCUCUCCUCGUCAAUUCCGACCUCUCGCUGUCCAAGCCCUGCCUGGACGCCGGCUCGCAGACGGACAUCACCGGGGACGUGUUCAGCGGUGGCCGUGCCAAGCUGGCUGAGAAGGUGAAGCUCAACCUGCAGUACGACGAGGCCAAGCGCAGACUGGCCAACAUCCAGAUCGAGCUGGCCAAGCUGGAGGCGGAGGCUUGGCCCGGGGCGCUGGAGGCCGACCGCGACCGCCUGCUGCUGCUGGGCGAGAAGGAGGAGCUCCUGCGGGAGCUGCGCUACGUGAACCCGCGCAAGCGCUCGCGCGAGGAGGCCACGCGGCUCGAGGCGGAGCGCCACCGCCUGGAGGAGGAGCUGCAGGAGGCGCGCACUGCCAACACCGACGCGCUCACUCGCAGGUUACAACUCCAGGAGAAGAGGAACAACCUCCUACGGCAGCUGGAGGAUACCACGCGUCUCGCCUCCUACCUGCACACGCAGCUCAAGAGCCUCUCGGCGAGCACGCUGUCCGUGUCGUCGGGCAGCAGCCGCGGCUCGCUGGCGUCGAGCCGCGGCUCCCUCUCGGCCUCCAGCAAGGGCUCCCUGAGCUCGCUGAGCUUCACGGACAUCUACGGGCUGCCGCAGAGCGAGCCCGCUCACCCGCUGGCAGCCGCCUCCUCCUCCUCCUUCUCCUCGUCGCCAUCGUCCUCCUCGGGGCAGGACCUGCGGCGCCGCGUCGACGUGCUCCUCUACGAGGAGCGACCGCGGAAGAUGGGCCCCGGCGGCGCGGGCUCGGUGAUCCGCGAGACUCGCGAGUCGCUGGGCUCCUCCCUGUCCCCGCGCUCCUCGCUCUCCUCGCUCUCCCCCCCCGGGUCGCCGCUCGUCGUCGACUCCGGCUCCGCGUUUUCGGCCGCGGCGCGCGCCGUCGAGCUGGGCCCCGAGUACGCGGAGGAGGACGAGGAGGAGGAGGAGGAGGGCGACGGGGACGACCGCGUGGUCGCUCGCGUGCCCGGCUCCUUCCGCGAGCCGCAGCUCGGCAACCCCGGCAAGGCUCCCGCCGGCACGGCCGCUUCCGCAGGCAACGCCGCUCGGUGCGCCGGCGAUGCGGGGACGCAGCUCAGCACCAUCUCCGAGGCCGUUGCAGGCAUGAACAUGGCGGAGGACCACGAGGAAGCGCUGGCCGGGAGGAAAGCUCGCGGGGUCUCGGCUGCCGUCUCGGACGAAUCCGUGGCCGCCGACAGCGGCGUGUUUGAGGCGCCGGCUAAAAGGCCCGACGAGUCGGAGGAGGCGUUUUACGACGAAGAUAAAGCGACGUGCGGAGUUGCCGCGGCCCAGAUCCAGCUCGACAUGAGGUAUGACGCGGAGGAAGGCGUGUUCAUGGUUCACGUCCUUCAGCUCAAGAAUCUGCAGGCCCUUUGCAUCCCCGAUGGGAACAAAGUGGCGGUGCGUGCGGUGCUGCUGCCGUGCGGGGCCAGCGGGCGCGGCGCGCACACGAGCCCCGCGGUGCCCUGCGUGCCGGGCCUCUGCUGCCUCGGCUGGAGCUGCCGCGAGAGCGUUCCGACCGCGGGCGCGCUGCGCGCCAAGACGCUGAGAGUCGACGUCCACACCGUGGGCCCUCCGGAGCAGGCUCUGGGUAUGGCUCAGAUCAGCUUGGCCCACCAGAGCGUUCUGUUGUCUCCUGGAUGCUGGUACAACCUCCUGAGCCUGCAGGACCUGCAGGACCUGCAGGCAUCCGAGAGGCACUUCGCUGGACGCCCGAUGGGGCCCUCCCCCCUCGACAACGCUCAGGACACGCACGACGCCGUCUCGGCGCUGCUGGAGCGCACGACGGCACAUCUGGAGGCCGUCGAGAAGCAGCUCGCCAGGAAGGGCGACGACCCCCGGGUGGAGAUCAACGCCGAGGGCUGGUGCUGCCCUUCUCGAGAAAACUCCCCAUUCUCCGGAGCAGAGGGGAUCAUGGGCAGCGUGCGGGAAUUAGAAGAGGAGCUGGAGGAAGACGAUGAAGAGGAGGAGGAGGAGGAAGACGAGGAGGAGGAAGAGGAGGAGGGGCAGGAAGACGACAAGGAGGAGCCGGUGAGACUGGAGGAGCGAGGAAGAGGAGGGGGCCUCACUGCGCACGAGGAGGAGCUGGACGGGAUGCCCUUGGAGGAGACGCCGGGCGGUGUGGAUGAGAACAACAAGGUGGACAAGGAGACCAACACAGAGGGGCCUCUGCCCGAGGCGCCGAGCGUGCGGCCCAAGGAGCAACGCGGCAGCUGUGGAGCGGCGCACGCCAGCCCCUUCGUGCGGGGCAGCACCAUCGUGCGCUCCCAGACGUUCUCGCCCGGCGCCCGCAACCAGUACGUGUGCCGGUUAAACCGCAGUGACAGCGACAGCUCGGCAAUGCCCAAGAGGACGCCGUUCGUGAGGAAUGCGGUCGAGCGGAGGAGCCUUCGCGUCAAGCGGUCGGUGCUGAUGGUGCCGCGGGUGGAGGGGCCCGGGCGGACGUCGCUCGACCUGGAGCUGGACCUGCAGGCGUCGCGCGCGCGGGAGAGCCGUCUGGGCGACGAGCUGCGAGGCCUUCGCGAGCUCAAGCACCGCCUCGAGGAGGCCAAGGCGCACGGCCGCACGCAGCUGCCCGCCUGGGUCACCGAUGACGAACGCUUCCGCAACCUCCUGCGAGAGGCCGAAAAGCAGGCUGAGCAGACCUCGGCAGAACAGAGGCAAGAGAGGCGAGCGGAGAAGAUGCUCAAGAAGGCCUCCAAGGAGGUGUUCAGGCUCCGCGGGCAGAGCACGAAGGUUCCCCCCCAAGUCCAAUCCUUCCGGGAGAAGAUGGCGUUCUUUACUCGCACUAAGAUCGGCGUUCCUCCCUUCCCGGCCGACGACGUAUGAUCAACAGAAUUACGUUUUUUUUAUCAAGACAUUGCAAGCCUCGACUCUGUUUUCUGUGUAUCGGAUAAACCAAAAGUGAGACAACUUUUUGCAGCGGAAAAGCAUUACAUUUCUGUGUCUCCCAUAACCGUUGGGCAAUUGAGUUGCGGGUGUGUGUGUGUGUGUCUAUGGCGUAAAAAAGUGUAAUUGACCAGACCUGUUACACUUAAAUAAUAAUAAUUGUACAGUUUGUAUGUAUUUUAGACGUGUGUUAUUUUGAGAAGACACAGGGCCAAGUGUUUUUUUUUGGCGGGGGAUGUUAUCCAUUGAUUGUACAGUACUGUAUUCCAAUUUCUGUUUAAAAAAAUAAAUAAAAGCAAGAGAAUUCUUGUUUUAUUAUAAUAAUGAAAAAUGCUAAUGCGCUUUAAUGUCGCAAGACUGUGACCAAGUUCCAUUCAGUAUUGUUCAUUUUAAAAGAAAAGAUUAAAGAAGAAGACGAAGACUUUAAAAUACAGAUUGAAGGAUGCUCAGCUUUUAUUGGCAGUGCCUGUAGUUGAAGCCUUUUUAUGUCAACGUGUUCUCUGGCUUUUUGUUUUUCCCUGCACGUGGUCUACAAAGCACACACACACACACGUACACGCACACACGUACACACCACAACUACGCGCAGCUUUCCUCUUUGCAGUUCUGCCUUGAGGGUAGCUGCUGGCAUAAGCUGCCUUGAGGCAGAUUUGUUAUCUGGGAUGAUAAAGUCAAAAUAUUGUUUUUGUUUUCAUUGUUAACGUUAUUAUGUACGUGUUUUACGGUUUGCUUUAAAAGUGUGAGCCGAGUGUUGAGACUUUUCAUCACAAAUGCCCCAGGGGGAGUGGAGUGUCCCAUACAAUGUGGGUGCUUGGGGCAUUAAAACUAAAACCCCUCCGGGUUCUCAGAAGCAACCGCGUGUCAUCGUUUCCACCCGCGCGUGGGAUCGCCGACCAUCUGUGAGGUUGGAUGUGAAGGACUAAGGAUGCUGGGGGUUGCAUAACUUGUGGGGGCGUGUGGGUAAAUGGAAGUGUGCAAAUUAAAACCUAAACGGCACCCUGUGGCAUCCAGCGGUGUGUGCGAGUCGAGUCUGUGGAGGUGGAGCCGCUGGCUUCGUGCAUCACUUUUCAUACUGGCGGUCCGUGGAUCUUAUUUAUAACUUACGCCAGGCGUGCUUAAGUCAAAGGGGGCUGGUGACUUGCGGUUUUCACCUGGACGCAAGUGGGCGAGUGAUGCUUUAAACAAAAAUAAACCUGAGCGGACAAAGGCUGUCUUUCCAAAUUGGACCCGUCCCCAUGGCACUGCUGUCAGGCAGCUGCUACUGCUGCUGCUGGUGCUGCUGCUUGUCCCCCUCCUCCGGCACAAGAUGCACGGUUGUGGCAGUCGCUCUCAACGGUUCGGGUUCGAUUUUAUUUAAAACUCCAUCCAUGUACAAAACACGCUUGCGUUUCUCAAUAUUGUAAUGAGCUGGUAAUCUCAUAAAUAAGCGCUUACAAGGGCACACUUGUGCGAGAGCAGACAUCGACUCGAUGAAAAUUAAUUCCUUAGUUUAUUGAAUACAAAUGAAUAACUGCAAUGACCAGCAGGCACCGCUGAUGUCACGACUUCUGAAAAUCGGGUUGCUGUUUUACUGCCCACACCAAACAUCGAUGAUGGCUGAUGAGAGAAAAAAUCCUUUCUUGUUUCCUGUUUCACUGCAUUUGUUUGUAAUCCGGUUUCCGAGCGUGAUCAUUUUGUAACGAGACACAGCAAUAUAGAUUUAUAACAUUAACUGGCGGCGUUUAUUUGGUUGCUGUUGUCUGGCUUUCUACCCCCCCCCUCCCCCCCAAAUAAAUAAGCAAUUGUAGCUCACCAGGUAACACAGGAUGUCGUGUCUUUACCAUGACAGAUGAACAUCUGUUUCCCGAGAUGUGUAUGUGCUCUCCUUCCGUACCCUACGUGUCUGCUCUUAAAAAAAAACAAAAAUAAAAUAUUUACCAAUAAAA